AUGCGUACCGCUCUGUGGCAUGCUGUUGGGUUUUCCCCGCAUGCUUCAACAGCGCAUGGGAGCGGCGACACAUGCAAUGCUUUGCUGCACGGUGUGAAGAGCAAUGGCUCGAGCGUCGAAGCUCCUCCCCCCGUCCCCCCUUCAUCGCCUCGAUACUGGUGCGCAAUGAUGGACACGCACACGGUUCAGACUGCCAUGGCGGCGUUUGAGCAGCACCGCAUCGUCUUCCUCGCGCUCGCCUCGAUCAUCUCCCACCACCUUGUGUUUCGACACCUCGAGCUAUGGCCCAUCCAACUCUUCCUACUCUCCUCGGUCCUCGUCACCGCCGACACCUCUCUCCGCCACUCCACCACCCCUCUUCUCCCUGCUGUCAAAGCAUCCCUCGUCGAUCUAGCCGUCUUCACCCUCUUUACAACGCUUAGCAUCGGCGUAUACCGACUGUUCUUCCACCGUCUCAGUCGGUUCCCUGGCCCGACCUCAUGGAGUCUCUCAAAGAUCACUUUCAUCCCUACGGACGUUGCUGGCAUGCGACCACGGGUCAUCGACGAUGCCCACAAGAGGUACGGCGAUGUGGUCCGAACUGGACCGCGAGAGCUAUCGAUCAACGCCACGACGGCCGUAACUGCGAUUAUGGGUGCCAAGAGUAGCUUCUGGCGCGGACCUUGGUACGUCAGCACGGCCGGAUCUCGAAGCCCCCACAUCCCCCGAAACCUGCACAGCGCAGUGAUCGAAUCCAACCACUCGGCCCGCCGCAAGAUCUGGGACGCCGCAUUUAGCGCCAAAGCGCUCAAAGGCUACGAAACCAUCCUGGUCGACAACAUGGACCUCAUGGUCAACCAGCUCGAAGCAAGAGCCCAGCGGGGGGAGAGGGUGAAUAUCGACGACUACUGCAGCUUCUACUCGUUCGACGUCAUGUCCCAGGCCGGUUUUGGCGGCGACUUUGGCCUGCUUCAAAAAGGCCAGUUGAGCCCGAUGAUCCAGGCGUUGGAAGACUUUAUGCAGUUCGUCCAGCUCGUCGGCAACGUCCCCUACUUGAUCGAUAUUCUUGGGGCGAUGCCGAACCCCAUUGCCGAGUUCGACAAGUACAUGGCAGGUAUUGUCAAAGAGCGCAAGGCGCGCAACGAAGCAGUACCGGACAUCAUGAGCCACUUGCUGCACGAGGUCGAAACCAAAGGAAGCACCGACCGGAUGGAUAAAGAAGCCACCGCCGAUGCACGACUCAUCGUCGUCGCGGGCAGCGACACCUCGUCAACCACCAUGGGCAUCGCCACAUUCUUCCUCAUGGAAAACCCCGCCAUCCUCGCGCGACUCCGCCAGGAGCUGCUCGACGUCUUCGGUGACGACCCCAGCCUGCUCACCGAUUUCAACCGACUCGACGACAAGACCUGCCCGCUCCUCAACGCCGUGAUCAACGAAGCCCUUCGCAUCUACCCUCCCGUGCAGGCGGGUUUGCAGCGCGAGAGUAAGCAGGCUAACGUGGUGGAUGUCAACGGCACACCCACGGUCAUCCCCGCCAACACCAUCGUCACACUCCCCAUCUGGUCCAUCCAACGAGACGAGAGGAAUUUUGCUCCCGACCCGCUCAAGUUCCGUCCCGACCGUUGGCUGCAUCCCGAAAAGGAGCAAAGGUUCAACAAGGCCGCGUUUAUGCCGUUUUCGUACGGCAAGACUUCGUGCGUAGGCAAGGUGCUGGCGUACAUGGAACUCAGGCUGGUGAUUGCCAACCUCGUGCGUCGAUUUGACUUUGUCCCCACCGAAGCGUACGACGCAGAGAAGUUCGAGGCGGGAUUGGUGGAUGCUUUUGUCACUAGAAGGAUUCAUAAGCUGCCCGUCACCAUCAAUGUGCGCACCUCGGUAGCCUAA